GCAAAUAUCGAGAAAAAACAGGAAGUUGCAGUUAAACAAUUACAGAUGCAGGUUGUAGUCAUUUCUUCUAAAGAAUAUAUUGAAUGUGAUUCUGAAAAAAAUGCUGUCAAAAAAUGCAAAAAUAUUAUAUUAGCAUUACAAACUCCAGAAAAUCAAAUAGUAGCUGAUGAACCAGAUUUGAAUUAUUUGAGCAAGCAGGCAAAUGUAAGCAAUAAAAAACUUUACAUUAUAAAUUUAAUUAAAAAAUUGCUGCUACUGCAUUUUUAA